GCUCGCCCCGUUUCUCAAUUCAACAACACCACUUUUUCAAAUUCAAAAUACACCACUAGUACAAAGAAGAAAAUCAUAUUGCGACCAUGGCCAAAAGAGCGGCAGAGGACUCCGAGCUCGAGACCAUCAAAAAUGGAGAUCGUCCCAUGGAGGUCGACCAGGGCGAACAGAUCGAAUUCGAGGAUGAAUUCGAAGAUGAGUUUGAGAGCGAAGACGAAAUUCUAGAGGCCGGUGUGGACGGAAGGCCAGAUGCUGAAAGAGAGGCAGAGGAGCAAGAAAAUGCCAUGGAAGUCGACCAGGACACAUUCAUACCUGGACGCCACAAACUCUCCGCAGGCGAGACCUUAGCACCCGAUCUUUCCACCUACGAAAUGCUACACACACUCGAGGCGCCGUGGCCAUGCCUCUCCUGCGACAUUGUCAAAGACAAUUUGGGCUCCGACCGCAAGACAUACCCCGCAACGUUCUACGCAGUCGCAGGCACACAGGCAGCGCAAGGGAGGGACAAGGAGAAUCAGAUAAUGGUCAUGAAGAUGAGCAGUCUGUCGCGCAUGGAGAGGGAGGAUGAGGAAGAAGACUCGGACUCGGACGACGAGGCCUCUGAUCCCAUAUUAGAAACGAAAUCGAUACCUGUGACCAGCUGCACAAACCGGAUACGUUCUUAUCAAACCCCGCAAGCUACCUCUGCGAAACCUCCAACCACUCUCACAGCUUCCAUGCAUGAGUCGGGCCAGGUGCUCAUUCAUGACAUCACACCACAUCUUACUUCCUUCGACACUCCCGGGUUGACGAUCAGUCCCUCGCAGAACAAACCUCUUUGCACGAUCCGUGCGCACAAAUCGAAUGAAGGAUAUGCAUUGGACUGGUCACCAAUGGUACCUGAAGGGAAACUACUGACAGGAGAUGUUGCCGGAAAUAUCUUUGCAACAACAAGAACACAAGGCGGAGGCUUCGUCACGGAUACUACACCGUACACAGGCCAUCAGGGCACAGUAGAAGAGCUACAGUGGUCGCCAUCGGAGAAGCACGUCUUUGCCUCUGCUUCGAAUGAUGGUACAGUGAAGAUCUGGGAUGCGCGGUCAAAGUCAAGGAAAGCGGCCGUGAGCGUGCAAGUCUCGAAAACCGACGUCAAUGUAUUGAGCUGGUCACACCAAACGGCGCAUCUGCUGGCUUCCGGUGCUGAUGAUGGUGAAUGGGCAGUUUGGGAUCUCCGCCAGUGGAAGCCUUCGACCGCUAUUGGCAGCGAGAAGAAGCCGUCGCCAGUGGCAUCAUUCAAUUUCCACAAGGAGCAGAUCACUUCCGUUGAGUGGCACCCCACCGAUGACAGUAUCGUUCUAGUUUGCGCCGGAGACAACACGCUUACGCUCUGGGAUCUUGCCGUCGAGCUGGAUGACGAGGAGAGCCGGGACACUGCCGGCGUUCAAGACGUGCCGCCGCAGCUCUUGUUCGUGCAUUACAUGGAGCAAGUCAAGGAGGCUCAUUGGCACCCGCAAAUUCCGGGUGCAGUCAUGGCCACCGGAGGUUCUGGUUUUGGUGUCUUCAAGACUAUCAGCGUGUAGAUAGAUCGCAAUCUGACGAAUUCGGCGCACCCUGCAUGUCAAAAUGACGAAACAUUCCAGUUGCACGUGCUUCUUCGCAAUCCUUCUUUACUUCUUCUAGAUGUACAUUUUUCUCAUGACCUGCCUCACUGAUUAGUCACUGCGCCGGAUAGGGACAGUCUUCGCCUUUAAUGAAAACGACACGAUGGAUGACCAGACACAACAAAGAAAAGGCUAUAGGCCAAGAAUAGAACAAGCACCUCGAUCCUUGAAUAGACCCUCUGUCGCAUAUAUUCGCACGAAGACUUACUCCUCCACAGCUUCAACAAACCCGACUUCCAACUUUCACUACCAGACUACCUACACUCGUUUGAACCAUCCGCAAAUCUCCCCCUUACAUCAAACCACACCACACCACACAAUCAAACACUACCCACGCAACCACCC